AUGGCAAGCAUGGCUGUUCAGUUACUGGGCUUCUUACUAAGUCUCUUUGGUCUAAUUGGAACAUUAAUUACUACUAUUCUGCCUCACUGGUGGAGGAUGGCAUAUGUAGGCACCAACAUUAUAACAGCUGUGGCAUACAUGAAGGGGCUCUGGAUGGAGUGUGUCUGGCAUAGCACUGGCAUCUACCAGUGCCAGGUCCAUCGAUCUCAGCUUGCACUGCCUCGUGACCUUCAAGCAGCUCGUGCCAUGAUGGUGAUUUCCUGUCUUAUUUCCACACUGGCAUGUGUGGUGUCUGUUAUUGGCAUGCAUUGCACUCGAUGUGUCAAAGGGGCCUCUGCCAAAAAUUCUCUCGCUGUCUCUGGUGGAAUCUUUUUCAUCCUGGCUGGUCUCAUAUGCCUGGUUCCUGUUUCUUGGACUACUAAUGAUGUGGUUACAGAUUUUUACAACCCCAUGCUUCCCAACGGGAUGAAGUAUGAGAUAGGGCAAGCUCUUUACCUCGGCUUUUUCUCUGCAUCUUUGACUAUACUUGGCGGAGCUCUACUGUGUUCAUCAUGCCAGAGUGCUGGGAACAACAUACCUUACCAGCCACAACCAAGAAGCACAACAAGGGCUGCUCCCUCAUAUAGACCACCAACUGCCUACAAGGGAAACCAUGCUUCUUCGCUGACAUCUGCUUCACAGAGUGGCUACAGAUUAAAUGACUAUGUGUGAGUUCCUUAAGAUUCACCUGAGAGUCAGAACUUUUCUAUAAUGGAUGUGUAUGACAUACAACUAAUCUAAAGAACACUUAUAAUUUAUGAGAGUUUUGAUACAAAGUUUACCAUUGUGUAUUUAUGCAGAGAAACAACAUGAAAUUGUUUGCUUUGAAACUGGGGGGGGACGACUUUGUUGUAUUGCAGAGGUUGCAAAUUUCUCCCUAUGUGAGGUCAACAACCUUAAGCUGUGGAUGUGGUCAGUUCUGAUUAAAAGUAAAAUUUUUAUUUUGAUCAAGUUUCUAAUACUAAAACCUGCUUUCACAAACAAUAAAGGGUUAACAGUAGAGCUGGUUGAAAUUUUUUCAAUGGGACAGUUUUCCAUUGAAAAAUAAUGUUUCAUCUACAUCAAAACAUUUCAGGGUAACGUUGAUUUGGACUAAAUUAUUCUUU